GUCUCUCUCUCUCCCCUAAAACGCGGAAAUCUCCCAUGUUCUCUCUCUACAAGCUCGGAAGACUUGCGCUCGGCUCUUCACACGUUCCCUUCAAUAUGAAUAUUUCAGUUGUAAUCUCUGUGGUGAAUAGUUUAAUGCAAGCAACUCACCAACCCGUCAAUUACUUACACGUAUAAACGCAGUAAAAUUAGAGAAAUGCACUUUUGGUUCCGUCACACGAUUUGGGUCGUCAUUGUUGUGCCAUUUGACCUUCAAACCAGAUCAUCUCCGUCAACUGUAAAAUAAAAAAAUCGAACUUUUUGGGUUGUUAUAAAACCUUGGUACGUGCCCUUUGUGAUUCCCCCAACACAAGCGUUCGUUUUGCGUGUUUUUGCUUUCUGGGUAUCCGGUUUUCAUCACUACUUCCUUCAUUUCAGGAGAGAGAGAGAGAGAGAGAGAUGGAGAGUGGAUUGACAAACGGUGUGUUGGUGCCUUCAGCUGAUGACAAAUCCGUCGUUGGAGGCGGUGGUGUCAAGGAUGUUUACGGCGAGGACAGUGCGACGGAGGACCAGCUUGUUACCCCUUGGACCGUCUCUGUUGCUAGUGGGUAUACUUUGUUGCGUGAUCCACGUCACAACAAAGGGCUUGCCUUCACUGAGAAAGAGAGAGAUGCCCAUUACUUACGCGGCCUUCUACCCCCAUCAGUCUCAUGUCAGGAUCUUCAGGAGAAGAAGUUGAUGCACAACCUCCGUCAAUAUGAAGUUCCUCUGCAACGAUACAUUGCAAUGAUGGAUCUUCAGGAGAGAAAUGAAAGGCUGUUUUACAAGCUACUUAUUGACAAUGUUGAAGAACUGCUCCCAGUUGUGUACACUCCAGUUGUUGGGGAGGCUUGCCAGAAAUAUGGGAGCAUUUUCAGGCGCCCUCAGGGUCUUUUCAUCAGUUUGAAAGAGAAGGGUAAGAUUCUUGAAGUGCUCAAAAACUGGCCUGAGAAGAGUAUUCAAGUAAUUGUUGUAACCGACGGUGAGAGAAUUUUAGGACUUGGAGAUCUUGGGUGCCAGGGAAUGGGGAUCCCUGUUGGAAAACUGUCUCUCUAUACAGCGCUUGGAGGAGUUCGUCCCUCAGCAUGUUUGCCUAUAACCAUUGAUGUUGGUACGAACAAUGAGAAGUUGUUAAAUGACGAGUUCUACAUUGGGCUUAGGCAAAAGAGGGCAACUGGGCAGGAAUAUGCUGAGCUCUUGCACGAGUUCAUGUGUGCAGUUAAGCAGAACUACGGGGAGAAAAUCCUCAUUCAGUUUGAAGAUUUUGCAAACCACAAUGCAUUUGAGCUGCUGGCAAAAUAUCGUACAACUCAUCUGGUGUUUAACGAUGAUAUACAGGGUACGGCUUCUGUGGUACUUGCUGGGCUCAUUGCAGCUCUGAAAUUAGUUGGUGGAACCUUAGCUGACCACUCAUUCUUAUUCCUUGGUGCCGGAGAGGCUGGAACUGGAAUUGCAGAGCUUAUAGCUCUCGAGAUAUCAAAAAAGACAAACAUUCCAGUAGAAGAGACGCGCAAGAAAAUUUGGCUUGUGGACUCGAAGGGACUGGUUGUUAGCUCUCGUAAGGAGUCCCUUCAACACUUCAAGCAGCCUUGGGCUCAUGAGCACGAACCUGUCAAGGAACUCUUUGAUGCCGUAAAGGCAAUCAAGCCAUCAGUGCUGAUAGGAACUUCUGGAGUUGGGAAAACAUUUACGAAGGACGUUGUUGAGGCCAUGGCAUCCUUCAACGAGAAACCUGUCAUUUUCGCUCUCUCCAACCCAACCUCGCAAGCUGAGUGUACAGCUGAACAAGCAUAUAUAUGGACUCAGGGUCGAGCAAUCUUUGCUAGUGGAAGCCCAUUCGACCCCAUUGAAUACGAUGGAAAAGUUUUUGUGCCUGGCCAGGCAAACAAUGCAUACAUUUUUCCUGGAUUUGGCUUGGGCUUGAUCAUGUCUGGUACAAUCCGGAUGCAUGAUGAUAUGCUUUUAGCAGCCUCUGAAGCACUGGCCUGUCAAGUGACUGAGGAAAACUAUGCAAAGGGAUUAAUCUACCCACCGUUAACGAAUAUCAGAGAUAUAUCGGCUCGCAUUGCUGCUAAAGUUGCAGCUAAGUCUUAUGAACUCGGUCUGGCUUCUCGUCUCCCUCGCCCUAGAGAUCUUGUCAAGUUUGCAGAGAGCUGCAUGUACAGCCCAGUCUACCGCAACUACCUCUGAUUUUUGGGCGUUGUCCCUGCGAUUUUCUCAUCUGCAAUUGACUCAGACAUUUCGCACCUUUUUUUCAUAUUUUUCCAUGCUAGAAGUAUAAGAAGAUAAAACUGUGGAGGCUUCCUACUUAUUAUGGCCCCAGAAGCAGAAAGAAAGUAGAUGUUCUCUCUCCCUUCUCUUUCUUUUCAAAGUGUAUUAGGUUUUAGGAGAAUAGAGCCCAUGUUAAGAGGAAAAGGGAGAAUAGGGUAUUGUAUUGUCACCAGGUCAAUUGAAGCUUUGGUCGCGUUCUCGAUAUUAGAUUUUGACAUUGUUUAA